GCUCAGAAAGCACUCCCUGACAAGAAGGAGGUUGACGAGACAGCCGGUGGAAGGCUCAGCCUGUUUCAAGACUGGGUGGCAUGCAAAGGAAACAAUACCGCCAUACUCGCUCGGCAUCAGCAAACCUUGACAGAAGCCAAGAACUCCAAAGUCAAAUACGGGUUUCGUGGCGAAAAGUACCUCAUAGACACACAUGGGGAGAAGAAAGCGCAAAAAAUAAUUGCUCGCAAGAAGCAGCUCGGACUCACCAUUGAGGAUCCGGAAGAUUCGGAUGACUUGCUCUAUUUCGUGCUCAUCAACAUUGACAUUAACAACAUUAACGAGCUGAAGCGGACGACUUCACUUGAAAUUGCAGGACAAGUAGAUCAAGAAAUCCUCAAAGCCUUCACAGAGGAAGGUGGCGUGUUGGAUCCCAAAGCUAUGAAAGUUGGCGAUCUGACCAAAAGCGCGGCCAUGCAGAGUGCUCUCAACUUUGCAAGCAUGCCCUCUCAGAAUGGAAAGGGCAAGGGCAAGCCUAAGACAAAAAAGGAAAAGAACGAGGUGAAAGCUGCUCAGCCGCUUGACAAAGCGAAAGCUUUGAUGAGUCAGAUUCUGAAGGAGGCCAACAGCUGCAGGGACUUUGCGUUCAAGCUUCGACCUCUCGAGAUGUCAGAGGCGCUCAUCGGUCAGCUACAGGCUGUGGAGGUCAAGCUAUCGGGUGAGGCAAAGGCAUUGCAGGCUUUGAUUAAGAAGAAGAAGAACAAAAGCAAGCACUACGCAAAGACGCUUGCAGAGGUUGAGAAGCUGAAGGAAUUGGCAAAGGAAAGGGUGGACCUUGCAAAGGCCUUGAUUCGGGCAGCGGAGAAAUCCCCGAAGGAGAAGACCCCAAAAUCCUCCUCCGCCAAAGGCGGCGGAUUCGACGCAGUGCAUAGUGGAUCCUACAGCGCACGCCGUCUUCUCUUGAAGCUGUGCUCAGGGGUCUAUAAGAAUCAAAAGUGCUGGGUGUACAGUGUGUCCUCUGCUGUUUGCAAGGGCCCAGUUCUGCAGAGCAAGCUUGUGUUUUGCGUUGUCCGCGAGUCAACGAACGCGAAACCUAAGACCAAUGAUCGCAUUGGAGAAGUGAUUGGGUGGAUCUGCAAAUGUCUGCAAAGCGGGAAGUACCCGGACAAAGACUUUGAUGGAAAGGAGUGGCCAAGCGGGACUUGCUCCAUACAGUACACCAAGGAGUCGCGUGCUGUGCAAUUGCUGGGUUACUUGUUGACCACAUCGAAUGUAGCAAGUACUGUGAAGAUGAUGAUGUUUUGGCUUGCUGAUUUUCUCUACGAGAACAGACAAACAGUUGGUGGUCCGAAGCGAGCGAUGGCUAGCUAUACGUUGGCAAUGUUUCAGCGCAUGUUAGAUGUGAAUGGGCCCUGGCUCAAUGAGGCUGAUGCUGAGCGCACAGGGCGAUAUGGCCGAACCUUCUUGCUUUCAUACCAGGACUUGGCCAACCAACAUCGUGGGGGAGACAAACAGAACUACAAGGUCACUCCCAAAUUCCAUUCCUUUCUGCAUAUGUGCUUGACAAUUGAGAGAACAAAGCGGAAUGCUCGGUAUGAGCAUGUGUACACUGAUGAAUCGCUGAUGGGCCACCUAGGCCGAAUUGCUUCCCGAACCCACGCACUCAGUAUGGAAAGAGCUACAAUGCAUCGCUACCGAGCCCUCCUGGAAUUAUGCUGGGAUGUCAAAGAUGAGACCAGGCGCCGAGAGCCGUGA